UAAGCAUGGGAUUUGUUUUAACUUACUGAAAGGUGUUUUUCAGGUACAUGAUUACUUGUGGAACUGAUGGAGAAGUUCGUGUAUUUGAAGGACUUGAUGAUGAUGAUUGCAAAACCCAUGUUGUAGCAGAAAGUGCCCAUGCCAUAGCUUACAAAGAUGGUCGCUUUCUGGUGGCUACGGACAGUAACUUGGUGCAGGCAUUCACAAUGGAUGAGGGGUCACCUGAUGGAAUUAUUACACGUUUUACAGCUCCUGCUUCUCACAUUGUAGUCAGUCAAGAUAACAAACUAGUGGCAUGUGCUGGAAGUGACAUGUUAAUAAAAGUACAUGAUGCAGUUGCAUACAAAGAUACCAUAUUGACUGGGCAUCAAGCACCUGUCCUUUCUGUAGCUAUUGAUCCUAAAGGUGAGUAUGUUGCGUCUUCAUCGUGUGAUGGCAGUGUCAGGGUUUGGGAUGUGAAAACUACCGCUGUCAUUGCGUCAUGGGCCAUUUUACCCAAAACUAAUAAUAUUUCUUCUUCACGGACCCUGUGUCGCCUCUCAUGGUCCAAGGAUGGUAGUUUUCUCUGUGUCCCAAUAGAGCAAGAGAUCCGUUUGUAUGAACGAAAUUCUUGGGAAAUUAAGCACAGAUUUACAGAUAGUUCUAUAAAGCAGACCAUUUCAGUUGUUGCAGUUUCAAAAUGCGGCACAUUCAUCGCUGGAGCCUGUAUGGAUGGAUUCAUUGCUAUUUGGAAUAUGGUUAAUCAUCAAACCAUCUUGAGUGAACAACAUCCAAAGUCACUGCCAAUAUGUGGGUUAGCGUGGAAUCCAAGUGGAAAGAAAGAGGUUGGGUUUGUCAAUGUGGAUGGCCAGCUUGGAACAAUUGAAAACUUUGAUGAUAGUCAUGUCCCACCCGAAGAUAACCAUAGUUUUCAACAAAAUGGAAUGGUGAAUGGAGUCAGUAAUGGUGAAGACUUUCCACCCAUGGAUGUUGAUAUAAACGAUGAUGUAGAUGAUGAGGAUGAGUUUUCCAUCUCAAAGAUCAAGUCUAAAUUAGGUUUUGCUGAUGAUGAGGAGGGCACAUAUAUUGGAGUACCAUCUGCAGACAAUCCAGAUAUUGCUUCCAAGGAUGCAGAUGAUGAAACCUCAAGUGUCAUUACCUCGAAAGUGGAACCUCCUCCAGUACCAGUUGUACAGCUUCCUGAAGUGCAAAAACCUUUCCAGCCUGGUAUGUCACCAGAGUUUCUCAAUGAUAGAUAUAUGGUGUGGAAUAACGUUGGUAUUGUUCGACAGUACACCAGUGAAGAUGAAAGUACCAUUGAUGUGGAAUUUCACGACACAUCUGUCCACCACGCUUUACAUCUUAAUAAUAAUGCAGGUCACACUAUGGCAGCAUUAUCUAACGAAGCUUUAGUGCUGGCAUGUGAGGCACAAGAUGACCAACCAAGCAAGUUAGUAGUGCAAAAUUUUGCAGCCUUUGGUAACUCAAGUAAAGAGUGGUUUGUAGAUAUGCCAGCAGAAGAAGAAAUAGUUGCAAUUUGUAUUGGGACAGGAUGGCUGGCAGCAGCAACAGAUAAACGUAAUCUUCGAGUAUUUUCUACUUCUGGAAUUCAGCGGGACUUGAUAAACAUUCCUGGAGCUGUUGUUUGUUUAGCUGCAGCAGAGGACCAAUUAAUGUUCAUUUACCACAUUGGAAUGGGUGCAUCUGGUGACCAAAGUAUGGCAGCAGUGGUCUUGCACAUAAAUGGUGGUAGACAUCUCUCCCCCAUGUCUUGUCAUGUUCCGCUAUCUCCUCGCUCAUUCUUAGCUUGGGCUGGAUUUUCUGAUGAAGGAACUCCUGUAAUAAUGGAUAGUGCAGGAAUAGUUCACAUCAUGCACCUGAAAUAUGGCCCUAAUUGGACAAGUAUCUUGAAUACCAAAAACCAUACUCGUGGAAAGAGCGACCAUUACUUCCUUAUAGGGGUCAGUGAGACUCAGAGUAAUGUUCGGUGCAUCUUGUGUAAAGGUAGCAGAUACCCACCAGUUCUACCAAAACCUCAUGUGUCCCUUAUAAAUAUGCAGGUACCAAUCUGUGAGCUAGAAACAGAAAAGGGUGGUUUAGAGGAAAAGAUGAUACGGACCAAUCUUCAGCUCAAUACUAUGGAGAGAUUAAAUCGCCUAGGGUUUGAAGUUGACCAUUCAAAGAAUGAGGCAGACAAAAUCCUGAAGGAAGCCAUGAUAAAACUGUUUGCGCUGGCAUGCCGUACAGAGAGAGAAUCCCGAGCUGUGGAGGUCUGCCAACUAAUGCCGUCAUAUCAUACAGUUCAACUGGCAAUCAAAUAUGCUGGUAAAUUACAUCGUUUACAGUUAGCAGAACGUUUGGGUGAAGUAGCCUCUGCUAAAAUGGAAGAGGAAAUUGAAAGGGAUACUCGCGAGAGAAGCAGAAUGGCAGAUGAUUUUCAUUUGUAUGGUGGUGGUAUUGGUGGUGGAAUGAAGAGGUAUCAGAAUCAAGAGUCAGAUGAUGAAGAGGUGGAAGAAGUCCAAGAAAAUACUCCUGAAGAUGAAAAUGAAGAGCAAGGAACUCAUGAUAACCCUCUUUUGGCUGCUGCAGUUCGCAAGGAAGGCAGCACUCCCAAGUCAAGUAUGUUAGUUUCUCCAUCAACUAAAAAUCCCUUCAAGAAAAAUGCUACUCCUAGCUCCCUAAGUAGCAAAAGAGGAAUUGAUAUCAUAGAUCAGUUCAGAAAAUCACAAAAGAAGGAACACACUCCUGUUUUGAGACCACUUGUUAAGAAACAGAGUAAGCAGACCACAUUGAAGAAGAAGGCUGUUGAAGAUGAUGCCACAACACCAUCUGGCAAGGAAAACAAAAAUGAAAAUGUACAGAGGGCAUUGUCACCAGUUAAGUCCAUAAAUCCAUUCAAGAAGUCUGACGACAAUGCUUCGCAGCCUGUGAAGUCAGAUGCUUCAUCAGAAGUCCCAGGGAAAAAGAAGUCUGCACUUCAACUUUGGUUAACUGAUAAUGAAGAUGAAGUCAAGCUAAAGUUUCCAGAUGCUGCUGAAGGAGAACUCUUGGCAAAAGCUGCUCUAAUGUUUAAAGAUGUAGAUAAUGAUACAAAGCAGAAAUACAAAAACAUGGCAGUUGCUCCACCUGUUACUCCAGUUGUAGCCACCCCUGUUGAGUCUACCCCUACCAAUGAAGAGAAGAAGAGAAAAAUGGAUGAACCUGACAGUCAAGAUUCACAUGUAGACAAAAAAUCCAAAGGAUCAGGAAUACAGAAAUUGGCUGCCUUUGCUUUUAAUAAAUCUUAACCCCAUAGAUUUAGAUAGUAUAAACAGUACUUUUGUACAUAGAAAACUAUUAGAUUACAGUCAACCCCUGGGAUUUGUGGGGGAUAGGGACCGCAACCCCCCACAAAUAGUUAAAAUCUGCAAAUACUUCACCCCGCAAAAAGUGCUUAUACCUGCCUAUUUUAAUAGUUUUAGCAUGAAAAAUGUAUAUAGUCAUGAAAAUAUGAGAACAGUAUUUAAUUAAUAUUUUUCUAUGAAAAAUUCUGCCAAUGGAGAAUUUUCACCGAACAAUGUGGAUAGAUGUUCCACAGAAAAAUCUGCGGAUAGGUGAAGCCUCGAUUCCAGAACUGGGAAUAGGCGGGGGUCGGCUACUGUAAUACUGUACUAUAUAAAGAUAAUAGUUUUCCAAAAUCAUACUUUUUUGGUGUUUAUAUGUACAGAACAUUUAUGUAUUGGAAAAGUUUCUUUGUUAUACAUAUUAUCAUCAUUGUCAACAGAUCUGUGAUUGUAUUAUUUAAGUAGACUUUUUACCUGCAAGUUUAUUGUCUUGCAAACUUUUGUAAUGUACAUUAUUUUUCAUUGUCAUAAUUUUUAAGAAAUUUAUUUAUAUA